AUGAACAAGUUGAAAUCAUCGCAGAAGGAUAAAGUUCGUCAGUUUAUGAUCUUCACACAAUCUAGUGAAAAAACAGCAGUAAGUUGCCUGUCUCAAAAUGACUGGAAGUUAGAUGUUGCAACAGACAAUUUUUUCCAAAAUCCUGAACUUUAUAUCCGAGAGAGUGUAAAAGGAUCAUUGGACAGGAAGAAGUUAGAACAACUAUACAAUAGAUACAAAGAUCCUCAAGAUGAAAAUAAAAUUGGAAUAGAUGGUAUACAACAGUUCUGUGAUGACCUGGCCCUCGAUCCAGCCAGCAUUAGUGUAUUGAUCAUUGCAUGGAAGUUCAGAGCAGCAACACAGUGCGAGUUCUCCAAGCAAGAGUUCAUGGACGGCAUGACGGAAUUAGGAUGUGACAGCAUAGAAAAACUAAAGGCCCAGAUACCCAAGAUGGAACAAGAAUUGAAAGAACCAGGACGAUUUAAGGAUUUUUACCAGUUUACUUUUAAUUUUGCAAAGAAUCCAGGACAAAAAGGAUUAGAUCUAGAAAUGGCCAUUGCCUACUGGAAUUUAGUGCUUAAUGGAAGAUUUAAAUUCUUAGACUUAUGGAAUAAAUUUUUGUUGGAACAUCAUAAACGAUCCAUACCAAAAGAUACUUGGAAUCUUCUUCUAGACUUCAGUACAAUGAUUGCAGAUGACAUGUCUAAUUAUGAUGAGGAAGGAGCAUGGCCUGUUCUUAUUGAUGACUUUGUGGAAUUUGCACGCCCUCAAAUUGCUGGGACAAAAAGUACAACAGUGUAG